UCCCCUCCCCUCCCCUCCAGGUCUAUCUUCUACCUCUCUUCUUCAAGCUCAAGCAAUGGCAAACAAAAUUAGCAUUCUCUUGCCAUGUCUGGUAAUGAUACUUGUUCUACUAGUAGAAAUUAAGGCAACUAAAACAGAGGUUCCAGCUGCAGAACCAGAACCAGCCAACAACUUUUACAUGCAUGGGGUUACCCAAGGCAGCCUUCAACCCCAAGAGUGCGCGCCGCGUUGCACUGCUAGAUGCUCGGCAACAGCUUACAAGAAGCCAUGCAUGUUUUUCUGCCAGAAAUGUUGUGCUAAGUGCUUGUGUGUGCCUCCUGGAACAUAUGGGAACAAGCAGUUCUGUCCUUGCUACAAUAACUGGAAGACCAAGAGAGGAGGACCCAAAUGCCCUUGAUCAGGAUUUCUAAUCUUUCUCUCAUUACUCUCUUCUUCAACUCUGUCUAAUUGCUUCUAUGUAUUGUCUCUAUCAUUCAUUUCCACCUCAUGUGGUUUUAACAAUUAAGAGACUGU